AGAAGAAGAGGAGGAUGAGGAUGAGAAGAAGAUGAAGAAGAAGAAGAAGAAGAAGGAUGAAAAGAAGAAUAAUUCCAAGCCGGCAAAAAGUGUAUGUGCAGAGUUCCUCUAUUUCUGACAGUUCUCUCACAGCUUCUUCACAUACAAUGUUUCAACCGCUGCAUGGAAGGACAGUCCCAGAACUGUCAUUAAUAGUCUAUUUCUGACAGUUCCAUGACAUUCCCUCCAUACAGCGGUUGAAACAGCUGUAUGGAGUGAAUGUCCCAGAACUGUCAGAAAUAGACAGAAACUGUCACAGAACUGUCC